AUGUAAUAUUAUUGCUAACUGCAUUCAUUACCAUAUACAAAAGUAUGUUUGUAACAUGAUUGUACAAGGAAAGGACCACUUUGUGAUAUGUGUAUUGAUACUCAUGAUUCACACAUGAUUAAAAAUUUGGAUGCUUACAUAAAUGAAUAAUUCAAAUACUUAAAUACUGAGUAUUAAACCAACAUAUUGCAGAAACUUGAAUAGUUAAAGGCUUUCUUUCAUAGCAAAAUAUCUUAAUUAUUAAUUGAUGUGAGUUCAAUAGAUGAGAAAAGAAAAAAAGAAUUGGUGAAAUAAUUAAAAUAAGACAAGAUGAGUGUUUAACAAUUCCAAUCAAAGUUGAUUGAAUUAAUUCAAAGAGAUCAAUUAAGGGAUAAAGAAUAUUUAGAAUCAUUUUAUGAAUAGAUUGUUGAUAUCGAAAAAUAGGUGAAAUAGACAUUUUCAUAAUUACCUAUAAGAUAAGCCCAGACUGCAUAAACAAGUUAGUAACCAUCACAGUCUUAGAGCAUUCUCAAUUAUAAAUCCAAUUUAUCUGAAGUCAAAGACAUUUCUCCAGAACUAAGUAAUAGAUCAAAUCGAUCCAAAGAACCAAUUUUCUAAUAAAAAUAAGCCAGCAUCUCCCCCAUAAGAAAGUAGUUACUAUAAAGGGAUUUAAUGCCAGUUGGAUCAUUUAAUAACUCAAAACUAAAGAAUUACUUCACAGAAUAAGAUUCUCAAUAGUCAGGCAGAAGCAGAUAAGACACAUAAAACUCAUUCAAAAUUACUAAACCCUUUGACCUGGAUAAAUCAUCGGAUAGAGCCUAAAAUUAAGAGAGCAAUCGAUCUAAAUAAAAUACAUACAAUUCAUCUUUUGAAAUACAAAGGCCAGUCGAACCUUUCAAAGUUAAUAAUAUGCAAACUCAGUCUAUAGACAUAUUAGCCAAGUCUCCAGAAUCUAAAAUAUUCGAUAGGUCUCCAAAAUCUCUAAAGUCUCCAUAAUAACAAAGUGUGUUCAAGUAUAUUUAGUAAGAAUAAACCCAUUAAACAGGCUAUUUUGCUAGUCAGAAGCCCUUAACUUAAAAUGACAAUAAAGGUUUCUUAAAAGAUAACAAUUCUUAUCCUUCAUAGGCUACAUCAAAGGAUGAGAAGUACUAGAAUAUUAAUUUCAUUCCUGCUACAAGUGAGAUCCUUAAUUAAUAAUAAGAAAAUUAUACAAAUGAGAAUAAUAAUUAUCCAUAUACAAUAUUUUAAGAUAACAAAUAAUCAAAUGAAUAACCUUAUUCUAUCUCAAAUCAACUUCUAUUUGAACCUAAAGUAUAAAAUAUCCAUCAAUAACAAAACAACAUUAAAUAGUCUACCUCAUCAUUGUCUAAUCUUUAAGGAUAAUAUAAUAAUGAUAACAAAUCAUAAUUAGAUUUAUCUUACAUUAGUUCAAAGUCUAUUGGUCCACCUUUGGUAAAAAUCACUCCAAAUUUGUUGAAUCCUUUGUCAAUAGAAUGUGAUUAAACAUUAAAAGGCCAUGAUAAAAGUGUGAAAUAUCUUGCAUUGAUGGAUACUGAUAAAAUUAUUUCUUGUUCCAAAGAUAAUUCAAUUAAAAUAUGGGACAAUCAUAGACUAUCAAGAAAAUUAAAGAUUACUCUAAAGGAACAUGAGGAUCAAGUAUUAUGUAUUGCAUUUUCAAAAAAACGAAUUAUUGCAAGUGGAUCUGUUGAUAAAACAGUUCGUAUAUGGAAACCAUGUCCACUUUGGAAGUAAGUCCAUAUAUGUGAAGGACAUGCAGAUAGAAUAAGAUGUCUGGAAUUCGUUGGAAACUACAUUGCAUCAGGAUCAGAUGACACAUAUGUUAAAUUUUGGGAUUUUGAAGGAAAAUUACAUAAUUCAUUUAAAACUAAUGCCAGAGUCAGUGCUUUGGCUGCUGAAAGGCAUAACUUAGUUAUAGCAAGUGGAAAAAAUAUUAUUUUAUAUGAUACAUAAAAAAAUAGUAAGAUUUUAGAUGUUAGUGGGCAUAACAAUUUAAUAUUGUGUCUAGCUUUGUCUAAUUCUUAAAAUAGUGGAAUUUUGAUAAGUGGUUCAAAGGAUAACCAUAUAAAAAUAUGGCAAUAUCCAAAAUUAUAGGAACUAAGAAAUCUUGAAGAAGAUUAUCCAGUUCAUUCUAUAAGUUUUGAUACUGAAUCAUAGUAUCUAUUUGCUGGGCUGAUGGGCUUUGAGCAAGAGGGGAAGAUUACAGUUUGGAAAUUAGACACUUAGCCAUAAAAAGUUUAGGAAAUUACUAUGAAUCCUUAUGGAUGCAAUAAAGUUCUUUCCGAUGGAAAAUAUUUAUACAGUGCCCACGAAAAUAAGAGGAUUGAAUUCUAUACUAUUAAUUGA